ACUUCGGUGAACCGGAAGUAAAACAGACACACAUGAUGGAGGAGCGUACAUAUCAUCCGUGCUCUGUUGUAGGACCAUAACAACCAUGGAGGACGAUUUGGAGCGGUUCUUAGAGUCUCGAGAGGUCCCAAAAGAGGACAUUAGACGAAUGAAGACAGACAAGGUGAGCAUAAAAUUCAUUCAAAAACUUCACGUCCAUUAAGCAACACAGAGCAUUCGUGGCUAACAAAGUUAGCGUUAAUGCUAUGCUAUUGUAAGCUAAUGUUAGUAACGUCUGUAGUUAGACAUGUAGAGUAACGUUAACGUUAGAGUUCUUAACGGGCCUCACUCGGCCCCGUUAGCCUACUAAAAGUAAUCAACGGCCUGAACAUGACCCAAUAGAAAUAAAAAUAAAACAAAUCUAAUGCGCCUGAUGCGUCAUUGUUUCGUUUUAAUAUAGGGCAGGCGCACUUGGUAGCCUAAUAACAGUGAUGACAUGAUGUGAUGAAACUUGAAUAAAGAACAGAAAUGGUUGCCAUGGUAACUUUGGACGUCAUGGCUGGUCUGUAUCAUAGUGACUAGCUGGUUAACGUUCCGUGCCAGUGAUGUAGCCUACACAUUUUGUGGUACAGGCGGCUUAAAAAGGUGGGCUUGUCCUACUGAGCUUUGCGUAAAGUGUAACUUCAAACUAAUUUGAAUAAGCUUAUUAAAUCUUUAUUAUAAAUGAUUAAUCAUAAGGAUCAAUGUCGUUCAAAUUUAUUACAUGUAAUAUUAGUAAGUGGGUUGUUUAUGCUUGGUUUUGGGUGGAGUUUUAGUUAUAUAGGUCAGCCAGCACGCCUGUGGAGGUCAGCCUUCAGCUUUGUUCAAGUUGAGACGAACUGGACGCAAAAUGUUUUUCAACCAUGAUGUGUUGAUGUUGAAUCAUGGAAUCCUCAUCUGCCAAAAUAAAUGGUACAUCAAUUGCACACCUGUGAAUAAUGGAAUUACAUGAAGGUGGAUACGCGUCAGAUUGCGUCAGCGAAUUUGUGUGAAGUAGGCCAGCUUUCUAUCUGGCAUCUCUAUGUCCAAUCUUUUACUGUACUUACCAUAAGACCAGCUAUGUCCAGUAUUACUGAAACACUGCAUUGACACUAUUCCCUCUCUUUCUCUCUCUCUCUUGUGUUUGCAGGUUGACAAGGCAGUAUUGCGCAUCAUGACGGAUGAGCAAAUGACAAAAUACAUAUCGUCAUAUGGUGACCGAGUGGCUGUCCUGUCCUUCUGUGAACAAACCCAGUGCCACAGCACCAAUAAAGAGACUCUUUUACAGCGAUUAAAAAAUAAAAUAGGGGCACGAAAAAUGAAAUCAAAAACAAAAGUGAGUGGUACCCCAGAUAAUCCCCAAAAUAACAUGGUCAGACAAAGAAAUAGGGCAGGAGAGAAGACUUCAAGAAAGGUUGAAAUUGGAUGGCUUCAUUUUGGCAAAAAUGGAUACAGUCAAGUACGGACCAACAAUGGUGGAGGCACAAGACAUGCUACAUUGGCAAAAACAACAACUGUUGCUCAGAUCAUGGAAUUAGGAAAGGGACUAUUUUUUCCUGAUGGGCAUUCCACAAAAGGGCCAGCUGAAGACUUCACGUUUGAAAUCUGUGAUUUUAAAAUGAACAAGAUUCCCAUGGAUAACACUGUUGGCCAAAUGUAUGAACAAACUAAACUGAAGCUACUCAGAUUUUAUGUUUGCACAAAAGAGGGAGCUUCAACCGAUCACUCCUCAUCUGAAGAAAAUCAGCUGAUUGAAGAUGAAGAAGAAAAUGACCUGCUUGAAGAUGCAUCUCACUCAGAUGAUUCCAUCACAGAUCUGCAGGAUCGUUCACAUUCAUCUGACAGUGAUGGAAGCAUCCAGGUUUAUGGAACAAGGACAGAGGUAAAUAAUUUGGUGUGUGUGUGUGUGUGUGUGUGUGUGUGUGUGUGUGUGUGUGUGCGCGCGCGCACUUCAGGGCUCUAAAAGCAAAAGGCACUGAUAAACAAAGGGAAUAGACCUACAUGUAUUGUAUUUUUACACAGCAUUGAAUAAUAAAUGUGGAGCAUGUGUUCUGAUGUUACUGCUGACAACCAUCCGUCUAUGAUUUGUUUUCAGAUGCAACCAAGAUCAAAAAAGAUAAGGACAACAUCCGAGACUGAGACAGCAGAAAGUCCAGGUCCAUCACAUCCCUUUCAGUCAACCCCAACAGACAGUAAAAAAAACACAAGUGAGGUUAGUUUACCUGACCCCUUGUUUGACGAGGCAGAUACACUUAUAUGGGAUCCAGACGAUGACCAGGUGGUUAUAAACUUGAAUGUUGAUGAGGAUGCAGAUGUUACACAGGUAAUGUUUUAUCUAGAAUUUCUAUAUGAAAAUAUUUUUCUUGAACUUAACUUUCAUUUUAAAUGUUUAGUGGUGUGCCAUGUACAACUUGUAUUAAAAACAAAUACCAAUUGUUGUCUUUAGUGAAAGUGAAAGUCAGUUAAAUCCUUUUGACUUAAUUCCUGGGAUUGUAACUCUGAUUUAUGACUUCAUUAUAGUGUUCUGUCUCUGAAAUGAAAGACGUUUGCCUUUUUUUAUUUCUCAAAACCUAAAUGGACUUUUUCAUGCUAUCUGGAGUGUUCUUAAUUUUGACUAGAAGUUAUGCUGAUGCAUAAGACUCAAUUAGAAAGACUUUUAUAAAUAAUAGUCUGCGAUGACAUCAUAGAUUUUAUGAUUAAUAUGUCUGCUGUCAUUUAUUGUAUUCUUCAGAGCACUGAGGUGAGUGGAGCACCUACGCAGACUAUACAGCUCCUAUUGCCUUCAGGUGAAGGUCUGCUUACACUGGAUGAGCAGCAGUCCAUACAUGAGGAGGCAGUGCAAACUGCCCAGGUAAGACACACCACUUCAAGCAACUCUGAUGUUCUCAGGGUUUUUAAUAGAAAGCAGUUUGAGGAGGGGUGCAGUUUGUAACACAAAAAGAUACUUGAGUUGUGAGUUGCUUUAUGAGAAACAUAGCAUCCAAAAUUAUUUUAACCUUGGUACAAACAUGCCAAACACUUUGGCCUCUGCUUUAUUCAUUGACCACUCUGUUUUUAACAUGUGUGUUCUUCUAUCAGGACAGUGGACCGAAUUUUCCCUCAGAUUCAAGCAGCCAGUUGUCAUCAUCAACAUCAGCCAGCAACCCAGGAGAUCCAGAGGCCACAAAACGAGCUUCAAUAUGCCGCAUAAAGGUUGUUGGUGAUCUGUUGGCUGUAUUUAUGGAUAGCAGGAUCAUGAAUAUGACUUUAAAGAUGGACUUCAUCAACGAGAAGGCUGUUGAUGAUGCCGGCGUGUCCAGAGAGGUGUACACAGCCUUCUGGGAACAAUUUCUUGAACAGUGUGAAGGGGAAACGGAGAGAGUUCCCAGGCUUAGGCCAGAUUUUUCUGAGGCUGAAUGGCAGGCGAUUGGACGCAUUUGGGUUAAAGGAUUUUUAGACCACGGUGUCAUGCCAGCAAAGCUAUCGAUGGCCUUCAUUUUAGCAUGCAUCACUGGAAUUGAGUCUGUUGAUACAGACAUCUUGAUGUCAUCGUUUCUGAACUUCUUACCUCCCAUCGAGCGAUCAGCUGUUGAGAACGCUCUCAGGGGCAGAAUAGAGGAAGGGGAUCAAGAGGACUUGCUCGACCUUUUCACACGAAUGGGUUCCCAUUUCUUACCACCAGAGAACAGCAUGAAGUCUGCCAUUGAAAUAAUGGCACAUAAAGCUAUUCUCCAAGAGCCAAAGUAUGUAAUUGAUUGUUUUUCGACUCCCAUGUCACUUGUAAAGUUGAAACUACCAGAUAAGAAAAGUGUGUUGAGUCUGUAUGAGUCCAAGAAGCCCACAGGCAAAAGAGUGAUGCAAAUGCUUGAAACAACAAAGGUGGUGCUGUCCCAAAGAGAACAAGCAACCUUAAACCACCUACAACGUUAUGUCAAAAAUGCUGAUGAAGCAAAAGCAGAGAAAAUCCUGCGCUUCUGCACAGGUUCUUCAGUUAUAUGUGUUGAGAAAAUUAUGGUUAGCUUUAAUGCUGAAACUGGGCUCAACAGGAGACCUGUGGCGCAUACCUGUGGCGCUACACUCGAUCUGCCAUGUACAUACAGUUCUUACCCAGAAUUUCGAACAGAAUUUGAUAAUAUUUUGAACAGCAACUACAUGGAGAUGGACAUCAUUUGAGCUUGAGAGCAAGCCAAAUAGUAACCUUCUCCAUCUCUCUCCUCUCUCCAUCCUCCCUGUCUCUUUCCUCACCUUCUCCAUCUCUCUCCUCCCCCAGUCUUUUUCUCUCCUCAUCAUUAUCAUUUGAACUUGAGAGCAAGCUUGAUCAGGCCAAAUAGCAACAGGCCUCAUUGUAUGGUUGAUUGUAUUUUAUUUAUUUUCAUUUGUCUGUUUUUGUUGUCAUUUAAACAUCCGAUGCACUUAACAUAGUGGUAAGCAGUCUUUUAUUUCAUUUAGAUCAGCCUGCAAUUCUAUUUUUCUAUUGGUGCAAUAUUACACCUCCAUACUUUUUUACAUUGAUUUUAUAUUUUGAAUUAUACUUUGAAAAUGACAGCAUUCAUUUCCAUAAGUUUGAGUCUAACCCAGCUUCAAUGCUGAACUUGUUCCUAAAAAGCAUAUUAGUGUAAUUUUCUGUAAUUUACAGAGUUGUCCAUCACUGGUAGAUUUGUUAAUUACUGAUGUCAUCACUCAUGUCAGUUGGUUGCUUAUUCAGAAACAGUUUGAAACUCAAUGUUGAGAUGCCAAUGAGCGUUCCUGUUUACAAAAUGUAUAAUCUGAUUUUACCUGUGUGAGAUGGCCUUCAGAAUGAUUGUAAUAUUUCCAUUAUAUUACUUUAAUUUACUGCUGGAACUUAAUGCCAUCACAUAUAUUUUUAUUGAAUGUGAGUGCAUUUUGCCAUGAAGUGACCGAUAAGUACUGUAAUGUAAAUAUUUAUAUCAAUAGUUUUUUAUUGACAAACCAGUUAAGUUUGGCAAAAUUUACUUUUAUUCAGGGUUGCAGAUUUCAAAUGUUUUUCACAAUUCAUACAAAAUAAUUAAUAAAUUUCCUGCUCCACUCUGAUGCUACAGUGCUUGGCUACAAAGUUUGUUCAUCCACAGGUAUCUUCACUGUCAAUUACAUGUCAAUUGAUUCGGGCUGCAAAUAAAAAUUAUUCCCAUCUGAGAAAUAGAAAA